UCUAUUUCAGGUAAUUUAAUCCGUAAGAGUGUGGAAACACUAACAGAAGAUGAAGUUCUCAAUCUACAGGUAGCUCUUCGUGUCAUGCAGGAUGAUGCAUCCCCAACUGGUUUCCAAGCCAUCGCAGCCUACCAUGGUGAGCCAGCUGACUGUAAGGCACCAGAUGGAAGUACUGUGGUCUGUUGCUUGCAUGGUAUGCCAACGUUCCCUCUUUGGCAUAGAUUGUAUCUUGUACAGUUUGAGCAAGCAAUGGCCUCCCAUGGUUCCACACUUGGUGUUCCUUACUGGGAUUGGACUCAACCAGUGGAUCAUCUUCCUGAGCUCGUUAGCCAUCCUCUUUUUAUGGAUCCCUCUUCUCACAAGGCUAAAAAGAACGUCUUCUACUCAGGCGAUAUCGCAUUUGAGCAGAAGGUCACUGCUAGAGCCGUUGAUACAAGAUUGUUCCAAUCUUCAAAGGGAGGAAAGAACUUCUUAUUAGAUGGUAUUCUCUUAGCUUUAGAGCAAGAAGACUAUUGCCAUUUCGAAGUUCAGUUUGAAGUUGCUCAUAAUCCAAUCCACUAUCUCGUUGGUGGUCGCUUUGCACAUUCAAUGUCUAGUUUGGAGUAUACUUCAUACGAUCCACUCUUCUUCUUGCAUCAUUCGAACGUUGAACGUCUGUUUGUUAUUUGGCAAGCUCUGCAGAAGCAUAGAGGUCUUGACGGUAGUGCCAACUGUGGCUUGAACAUGUUCCAUAAGCCAAUGGAACCGUUUGGUCGUGACACCAAUCCUAUUAGUCUUACUAAAGAUCACGCCAAGGCUGUUGAUUUGUUUGACUACAACGAAUUAGGAUAUGAUUAUGAUGAUCUUCACCUCAAUGGAAUGGACAUUCCACAGCUAGAUACGCUUAUGAAAGAACACCAACAGCACCCGAGAGCAUUUGCUAAUUUCAGAUUAGGAGGUAUCAAGACCUCUGCCAACGUUCGAGUCGCAGUUUGUGUUCCAACCGAUGACAAAAGACACAGCGAUAACUGCAACAAUCAUGUCGGUUCUUUCUUUAUUCUUGGUGGUGUACAUGAGAUGACCUGGAACUUCGGUUAUCCCUUCCUCUUUGAGAUUACAGAUGUUGUCAAAUCUCUCGGUGUUCCUUUGGAUGGCAACUAUUACAUUCAUGCUGAUGUUACUGCAAUUAAUGGCACUCUCUUACCCGAUGGCACAAUCCCAAGACCGACUGUCACAUAUAUUCCAGCUCAUGACUUUAAAGAUGCUGAUAUGGCACCAGUAGAUAAAACUGGUUUAACCGUCCGUAAAGAUCUUCGCAGUUUAACGACAGAGGAAGAGCAUGAACUGAGAAUUGCCAUGGAACGUUUCAUGGAUGAUAAAUCCAUUGACGGUUACCAAGCCUUAGCUGAAUUCCAUGGUCUUCCAGCGAAAUGUCCAGAACCUGAUGCUAUCAACCGUGUUGCAUGCUGUGUUCAUGGAAUGUCCACUUUCCCACACUGGCACAGACUUGUUGUCAUGCAGUUUGAAGAUGCUCUUAUUGCCCGUGGAUCCCAGAUAGGUGUUCCUUAUUGGGACUGGACGAAACCUAGCUCAGAAUUGCCACCUAUGGUUGCUGCUGAAACAUAUGAAGAUCCUUACACAAAAGAAGUAAAACCAAAUCCCUUCUUCCAUGCACCAGUCGAGUUUUUGCACAAUGAUGUCUUUACUAAAAGAAGCGUUGAUGCAAGAUUGUUUGAGAAACCAACAAAAGGACAUCACGGAUAUCUCUAUGACGGUAUGAUGUUAGCCUUCGAAGAAGAAGAUUUCUGUGAUUUCGAAGUACAGUUCGAAGUUACCCAUAAUGCAAUUCAUGCUUGGGUUGGUGGCAAUGAACCUUAUUCUAUGUCGUCUUUGCAUUACACGUCAUUUGAUCCCCUCUUCUGGCUACAUCACUCACAAGUUGAUAGAUUGUGGGCAGUAUGGCAAGCAUUGCAGAUCCAUCGUGGAAAACCCUACAAACCAUACUGCGCUCUUUCAGAGGUCCAUCGUCCUUUGAAACCAUUUGCCUUUGAACCACCACUGAAUAACAACAAACAUACAUAUCGCCACGCAGUACCAACAGAGGUUUAUGAUUAUCAGUCAGACCUUCAUUACACUUAUGAUACGCUCUUCUUCGGAGGAAUGUCCGUUAGAGAGCUUCAGAGACAUAUCGAAGAAGACAAGGCUAAAGAUCGUGUGUUCGUUGGCUUCCUUUUGAUGGGUAUCAAAACAUCAGCAAAUGUUGACAUCACUGUCGACAGUGCAGGUAACACAUACAAUGCUGGAUCAAUAACAAUCCUUGGAGGCAGCAAAGAGAUGGAAUGGAGAUUUGAUCGACUUUACAAGUAUGAAAUUACUGGAGCACUAGCUGAACUUGGUGUAGAUAUGCGCGCUGAUUAUAGCAUAACCUUACAAAUUACCGAUAUCAAUGGAACAGCUCUUCCAUCCACCGCAAUUCCAGAUCCAAUUGUGAUAUUCACUCCAGGAAAAAAGGAAUCAGACGUUGUCUUUGACGAAUUAUAUCGUUCCAGACGAGACGUUUCUUCAUUGACCCAUGCAGAUAUGAAUACACUGAGGAAGGCUUUACAAGCUUACGAAGACGAUAAAAGUCCCAAUGGAUAUCAGCAAGUAGCUGCUUUCCACGGUUCCACACAAUGGUGUCCUAGCCCUGAUGCUGCAGUCAAAUAUGCUUGCUGUCACCACGGAAUGGCAACAUUCCCUCAUUGGCAUAGAUUGCUGACAAUCAACUUUGAAAACGGUCUGCGAAGAAAUGGUUAUCAAAAUGGUAUUCCUUACUGGGAUUGGACUCGCCCGAUUUCGGAACUGCCUGCUCUGGUAAAAGAAGAAACAUAUCUUGAUGAAAAUGGGGAAGCUCACCCGAAUCCAUUCUUUAGUGGCGUUAUUGAUGAAGCUGGUGCUCAAACCACCCGAGCUCUUAAUCCAGAGCUAUUUGUUCAACCUCCUUUCGGAGAAUUCACUCCCUUGGCAAAUGAAGUUAUGUACGCUUUAGAACAAGAAGACUUUUGUUCGUUCGAAGUACAAUUCGAAAUUGCUCAUAAUCACAUCCAUGCACUUGUUGGAGGUGGAGAACAGUAUUCUAUGUCAUCACUUGAAUACACAGCCUACGAUCCUCUUUUCAUACUUCACCAUUCAAAUGUUGAUAGAGUUUGGGCCAUUUGGCAAGCUCUGCAAAAGUUCCGAGGACAUCGAUACAACAGUGCUAACUGUGCUAUUGAAACUCUACGUAAACCAAUGUCUCCUUUUAGUCUCACCAGUGACAUCAAUGUUGAUUCAAUGACUCGAGAACAUUCAGUUCCUUUUGAUGUGUUUGAUUACAAGAAGAAUUUCCAUUACGAAUAUGAUGUUCUUGAAUUGAAUGGAUUAUCUAUUCCAAAGUUACACAGAGAAAUUAACAGACGUCGUAUGAAGGGUCGCGUUUUCGCUACUUUCAUGCUCGAAGGUAUUAAACAGUCUGCAUUAGUUGAAUACUAUAUCAGGGCUCAUGGUGCUACUGAUCAGGUGAAAGCUGGAGAAUUUUAUGUUCUGGGUAGUGCUAACGAAAUGCCUUGGAAAUUUGACCGAGUUUACAAAGCUGAUAUCACGAAGCAGAUGAAGGAAGCACAUCUACAUUAUAACGACCAAUAUCACAUCGAAUAUCACGUGAAAGACUUGGCUGGAGCUGAAAUAGCCGAUGUUAAUCUUGAACCUGCAAUUGUCUACGAACCAGGUCUUGGUGAUUUCGGCGAGGUGGGUGUAUGGGUUGAACCUGUAACCAGUGCAAACCGAAUUAGAAAGAAUCUCAACAGUCUUACUACCGGCCAUAUCGAAUCACUGAGAAAUGCUUUCAAAGAUAUGAAAAAUGAUGGUAGAUACGAAGAAAUUGCCGCAUUCCACGGAUUGCCGGCUCAGUGUCCUAACAAAGAUGGUAGUAAAGUAUAUACAUGUUGUAUACAUGGAAUGCCAACUUUUCCACACUGGCAUAGAUUAUAUGUUGCUCUAGUAGAGAACGAAUUAUUAGCCAGAGGUUCCGGUGUAGCUGUACCUUAUUGGGAUUGGAUACAACCAUUUGAUCAUCUUCCAGCUUUGGUCAAUGAAGCCACUUACUACAAUUCAAGAACGCUUCACAUCGAACCAAAUCCAUUCUUUAAAGGAAAGAUUUCUUUCUUAAAUUCGGAAACCAAUCGAGAUCCACAACCUAAAUUAUUUGGUAACAAAUACCUUUACGAACACACACUUUUCGUCUUGGAACAGACUGACUUCUGUGAGUUUGAAGUCCAGUUUGAAGUACUUCACAAUACUAUCCACUCGUGGCUCGGUGGCCGUGAUCCUCACUCUAUGUCGUCGCUGGAUUUUACAGCUUAUGAUCCAAUCUUCUUCCUUCAUCAUAGUAAUAUUGAUAGGAUAUGGGCAAUUUGGCAAGAAUUACAACGUUACCGAAAGCUACCUUACAAUGAAGCUAAUUGCGCAUUGCCUCUGCUUAAUGUACCUAUGCGACCAUUCAGUAACACUACUGCAAAUCAUGAUCGGAUUACACUCACUCAUAGCACUCCAAAUGAUGUCUUUGACUAUCAAAAUGUUUUACACUACAAAUAUGACACUUUGUCCUUCUUUGAUCUCACUAUUACCCAGUUGGAACAUCUUAUUGAAGAGAGAAAGGCUCAUGACAGGAUUUUUGCUGGAUUCUUGCUUCAUGGUGUCAAAGCUUCGGCUGACGUACACAUAUACAUUUGUGUACCUACUUCUAAGCAUGAAGAAAACUGUGCUCACGAAGCUGGUGUCUUCUCUGUCUUGGGAGGAGAGUCCGAAAUGCCAUGGCAAUUUGACCGUUCCUUCCGAUAUGAAAUAACAGAUCAGCUGAAGUUGUUAGGUCUCAACCAAAACAGCCAUUUCCGUGUUAAAACUGAAGUCAUAGCUGUCAAUGGAUCAUCAAUCCAUGCUAACAUUUUCCCAAAUCCAACUAUUAUUUAUGUUCCAAAACAAGGUCAUUUAGCUGACUUCAAACAUGAAGAAAGCAAUGGAAAUCUUGUACGAAAGAAUGUUGAACGACUCUCUUUGUCUGAGAUGAAUUCAUUGGUACAUGCUCUCAAAAGAAUGCAGAAAGACAAGUCAUCUGACGGUUUUGAAGCAAUCGCAUCAUUCCAUGCUCUGCCUCCUCUUUGCCCAAAUCCGACUGCCAAACAUAGACACGCUUGUUGUCUUCAUGGUAUGGCUACGUUCCCUCACUGGCACAGGCUCUUCGUCGUUCAGUUUGAACAAGCUUUACAUAGACAUGGAGCUACAGUUGGUGUUCCUUAUUGGGAUUGGACCCGUCCUAUUUCAGAGAUUCCUGCUUUCAUAGCCUCUGAGAUGUAUUCUGACCCUUUCACUAAGAUAGAAUCGCAUAACCCAUUUAAUCAUGGUCAUAUUUCUUUCAUCAGUGAAGACACUAUGACUAAACGUGAGGUCAGCGAAUAUUUGUACGAACAUCCUGUAUUGGGAAAACAGACAUGGCUCUUUGAUAACAUCGCUUUAGCUUUGGAACAGACUGAUUAUUGUGAUUUCGAAAUACAAUUAGAGAUUGUUCACAAUGCCAUUCACUCUUGGAUCGGUGGAAAAGAAGAACUUUCCUUGAACCAUUUGCAUUAUGCAGCCUAUGAUCCAUUAUUUUUCCUACAUCAUUCUAAUGUCGAUAGAUUGUGGGUUAUUUGGCAAGAACUGCAGAAGCUAAGAGGUCUCAGUGCCUAUGAAUCCCAUUGUGCUCUUGAGCUUAUGAAAGUCCCAUUGAAACCGUUCUCCUUCGGAGCCCCUUACAAUUUGAAUGCACACACCACUAAAUUGUCCAAACCUGAAGACAUGUUUAGAUACAAAGACAACUUCCAUUAUGAAUACGACAUCCUAGAUACUAACAGUAUGUCUAUUGAUCAGAUAGAGGCAUAUAUCAGACACCAAAGAGAACACGAUCGUGUUUUUGCUGGCUUUUUGUUGAGUGGAUUUGGUUCAUCAGCAUAUGCAACAUUUGAGAUCUGCGUUGAAGGAGGAGAAUGUCACGAAGGAAGUCACUUUGCUGUGCUUGGAGGCAGUACAGAAAUGCCAUGGGCCUUUGACCGUCUCUAUAAGAUAGAAAUUACUGAUGUUCUUGCUAAUAAUAAUUUAGCUUUCGAUUCACCUUUCACAAUUAAGACGAAAAUAGUUGCUCAAAACGGAACCGAAUUGCCAGCAGGCAUUCUUCCUGAAGCAACUGUAGUAAGGAUCCCACCAGCCAAGAAAGACAUCGAUGUUGACAUUCCACUAAAUCAUAUCCGACGAAAUGUUGAUUCUUUGGACGAAAGAGAUAUCCAGAAUCUUAUGGCAGCACUUACACGUGUUAAGGAAGACAAAAGUGACCAUGGAUUCCAGACUAUCGCUGGUUAUCAUGGUUCAACGAUGUGUCCUAGUCCAGAUGACCCAAAAUAUGCCUGUUGCCUACAUGGAAUGCCAGUCUUCCCACAUUGGCAUCGUGUUUAUUUGUUACAUUUUGAAGAUUCUAUGCGCCGACAUGGCUCCAGUGUUGCCACUCCUUAUUGGGACUGGACAGAUAAGCUUACGAAACUGCCCAGACUUUUAGGAGAUCCUGACUACUAUGAUGCUUGGACUGAUAACGUAAUCGAGAAUCCUUUCCUUAGAGGCUACAUUGAACAUGAAGACACCUACACAGUCAGAGACAUAAGACCGGAACUAUUUGAAAUCAGUGGAGGAGAGGGAUCUACACUUUACAGACAAGUACUUCUCAUGCUUGAACAAGAAGACUAUUGCGACUUCGAAGUGCAAUUUGAAGUUGUUCAUAACUCUAUUCACUAUCUUGUUGGUGGUCACCAGAAAUAUGCCAUGUCCAGUUUGGUUUAUAGUUCCUUUGAUCCUCUCUUCUACAUUCAUCAUUCAAUGGUUGAUCGUCUCUGGGCUAUUUGGCAAGCUCUCCAGGAACACAGAAAAUUACCUUAUGAUAAAGCUUACUGUGCCCUAGAGCAACUGUCAUUCCCGAUGAAGCCGUUUUCUUGGGAAACCAACCCGAAUCUACAUACACGAGCUGCAGCAACACCACAGCAUCUAUUUAACUACCAUAAACUUGGUUAUAAAUAUGAUAAUCUUGACUUCCAUGGAAUGGAUAUUGAUCAAUUGGAGAAGACUAUUCAUAAACACCAGAACACAGACAGAGUUUUUGCUUCAUUCUUACUUUUUGGCAUCAAAACUUCAGCUGAUGUCCAUUUGAAACUCUGCAACGACACAACUUGUGAAGACGCUGGUGUGGUCUUUGUACUUGGUGGCGACAAUGAAAUGCCAUGGCAUUUUGAUAGAACAUACAAGAUGGAUAUUACUCAUGUUAUCCAUAAAAUGCAUAUUCCUCUGGAAGACCUGUACGUUCACGGAAGCACUAUUCACCUUGAAGUUGUAAUUGAAACAGUUGAUGGAAAAGUAUUAGAUUCCAGUUCUUUACCUGCUCCUACAAUGAUAUAUGUCCCAGCUAGAGAUUUCAAGAAAGAGGUACACAAGAUAGCCGCAGAAGGUGCCAUAAUCAGGAAGAAUGUCAAUAGUUUGACUCCAACUGACAUCAAAGACCUAAGAGACGCCUUAGCUAAAGUACAAGCUGACUCUUCUGACAAUGGUUACCAGAAAAUCGCUUCUUAUCACGGAAUACCUCUCAGUUGUCAUUAUCCCAACGGCACAGCUUACGCAUGUUGUCAACAUGGAAUGGUAACUUUCCCUCACUGGCAUAGAUUGUUAGUUAAACAAAUGGAAGACGCUUUAGUUGCUCAUGGUUCUCACAUUGGUAUUCCCUACUGGGACUGGACAACUACUUUCGCUAAUUUACCUGUACUGGUCACUGAGAAGGAAAACAACCCCUUCCACCAUGCUCAUAUUGAUGUUGUCAAUAAAGAUACAACCAGAGCACCGAGAGCUCAACUUUUUGAUGAUCCAGAAAAAGGAGAUAAAUCAUUCUUCUACCGCCAGAUAGCACUUGCUCUGGAACAAACAGAUUUCUGUGAUUUUGAAAUCCAGUUCGAAAUCGGCCAUAAUGCUAUCCAUUCUUGGGUUGGAGGUAGUAGUCAAUAUGGUAUGUCAACCCUUCACUAUACUUCCUAUGAUCCUCUCUUCUACCUUCAUCACUCCAAUACUGACCGUAUUUGGGCUGUAUGGCAAGCAUUGCAGAAGUAUCGAGGAUUGCCUUACAAUUCUGCCAACUGUGAAAUCAAUAAACUUACUAAGCCACUGAAGCCGUUCAACUUGGAUAGCAAUCAUAACGCUGUUACAAAGGCUCAUUCAACUGGCAAAACAGCGUUCAAUUACCAUGAUCUUGGUUAUGAUUAUGACAAUCUUAAUUUCCAUGGUAUGACCAUUCCUGAAUUGGAAGAACACCUUAAAGAAAUACAACAUGAAGACAGAGUAUUUGCUGGUUUCUUACUUCGUACCAUUGGUCAAUCUGCUGACGUCAAUUUCGAUAUCUGCACCAACGAUGGUGAUUGUGCGUUUGGAGGUACGUUCUGUAUUCUCGGUGGAGAACAUGAGAUGUUCUGGGCAUUUGACCGUCUUUUUAAAUAUGAUAUCACCACAAGUCUGAAACAUUUGCGUUUAGAUGCUCAUGAUGAUUUCGAUAUAAAGGUUACUAUUAAAAGUAUCGAUGGUCAUACUUUACCAAAUAGCUAUCUCACCCCUCCGACGGUUUUCUUCGUUCCGGCCAAAGGACACCUUGAAGAAGUCAUGAUGAAGAUUCCUUGUCUCUUUGCGAUCGUCUUCGCCUUCUGGCUUUGCGGAUACAUCGCAGAAGGUAAUUUAAUCCGUAAGAGUGUGGAAACACUAACAGAAGAUGAAGUUCUCAACCUACAGGUAGCUCUCCGUGCCAUGCAGGAUGAUGCAUCUCCAACUGGUUACCAGGCUAUCGCAGCCUACCAUGGUGAGCCAGCUGACUGUAAGGCACCAGAUGGAAGUACUGUGGUCUGUUGCUUGCAUGGUAUGCCAACGUUCCCUCUUUGGCAUAGAUUGUACCUUGUACAGUUUGAGCAAGCAAUGGCAACUCAUGGUUCCACACUUGGUGUUCCUUACUGGGAUUGGACUCAACCAGUGGAUCAUCUUCCUGAGCUCGUUAGCCAUCCUCUUUUUAUGGAUCCCUCUUCUCACAAGGCUAAAAAGAACGUCUUCUACUCAGGCGAUAUCGCAUUUGAGCAGAAGGUCACUGCUAGAGCCGUUGAUACAAGAUUGUUCCAAUCUUCAAAGGGAGGAAAGAACUUCUUAUUAGAUGGUAUUCUCUUAGCUUUAGAGCAAGAAGACUAUUGCCAUUUCGAAGUUCAGUUUGAAGUUGCUCAUAAUCCAAUCCACUAUCUCGUUGGUGGUCGCUUUGCUCAUUCAAUGUCUAGUUUGGAGUAUACUUCAUACGAUCCACUCUUCUUCUUGCAUCAUUCGAACGUUGAACGUCUGUUUGUUAUUUGGCAAGCUCUGCAGAAGCAUAGAGGUCUUGACGGUAGUGCCAACUGUGGCUUGAACAUGUUCCAUAACCCAAUGGAACCGUUUGGUCGUGACACCAAUCCUAUUAGUCUUACUAAAGACCACGCCAAGGCUGUUGAUUUGUUUGACUACAACGAACUAGGAUAUGAUUAUGAUGAUCUUCACCUCAAUGGAAUGGACAUUCCACAGCUAGAUACGCUUUUGAAAGAACACCAACAGCACCCGAGAGCAUUUGCUAAUUUCAGAUUAGGAGGUAUCAAGACCUCUGCCAACGUUCGAGUCGCAGUUUGUGUUCCAACCGAUGACAAAAGACACAGCGAUAACUGCAACAAUCAUGUCGGUUCUUUCUUUAUUCUUGGUGGUGUACACGAGAUGACCUGGAACUUCGGUUAUCCCUUCCUCUUUGAGAUUACAGAUGUUGUCAAAUCUCUCGGUGUUCCUUUGGAUGGCAACUAUUACAUUCAUGCUGAUGUUACUGCAAUUAAUGGCACUCUCUUACCCGAUGGCACAAUCCCAAGACCGACUGUCACAUAUAUUCCAGCUCAUGACUUUAAAGAUGCUGAUAUGGCACCAGUAGAUAGAACUGGUUUAACCGUCCGUAAAGAUCUUCGUAGUUUGACUAUAGAGGAAGAGCAUGAACUGAGAAUUGCCAUGGAACGUUUCAUGGAUGAUAAAUCCAUUGACGGUUACCAAGCCUUAGCUGAAUUCCAUGGUCUUCCAGCAAAAUGUCCAGAACCUGAUGCUAUCAACCGUGUUGCAUGCUGUGUUCAUGGAAUGUCCACUUUCCCACACUGGCACAGACUUGUUGUCAUACAGUUUGAAGAUGCUCUUAUUGCCCGUGGAUCCCAGAUAGGUGUUCCUUAUUGGGACUGGACGAAACCUAGCUCAGAAUUGCCACCUCUGGUUGCUGCUGAAACAUAUGAAGAUCCUUACACAAAAGAAGUAAAACCAAAUCCUUUCUUCCAUGCACCAGUCGAGUUUUUGCACAAUGAUGUCUUUACUAAAAGAAGCGUUGAUGCAAGAUUGUUUGAGAAACCAACAAAAGGACAUCACGGAUAUCUCUAUGACGGUAUGAUGUUAGCCUUCGAAGAAGAAGAUUUCUGUGAUUUCGAAGUGCAGUUCGAAGUUACCCAUAAUGCAAUUCAUGCUUGGGUUGGUGGCAAUGAACCUUAUUCUAUGUCGUCUUUGCAUUACACGUCAUUUGAUCCCCUCUUCUGGCUACAUCACUCACAAGUUGAUAGAUUGUGGGCAGUAUGGCAAGCAUUGCAGAUCCAUCGUGGAAAACCCUACAAACCAUACUGCGCUCUUUCAGAGGUCCAUCGUCCUUUGAAACCAUUUGCCUUUGAACCACCACUGAAUAACAACAAACAUACAUAUCGUCACGCAGUACCAACAGAGGUUUAUGAUUAUCAGUCAGACCUUCAUUACACUUAUGAUACGCUCUUCUUCGGAGGAAUGUCCGUUAGAGAGCUUCAGAGACAUAUCGAAGAAGACAAGGCUAAAGAUCGUGUGUUCGUUGGCUUCCUUUUGAUGGGUAUCAAAACAUCAGCAAAUGUUGACAUCACUGUCGAUAGUGCAGGUAACACAUACAAUGCUGGAUCAAUAACAAUCCUUGGAGGCAGCAAAGAGAUGGAAUGGAGAUUUGAUCGACUUUACAAGUAUGAAAUUACUGGAGCACUAGCUGAACUUGGUGUAGAUAUGCGCGCUGAUUAUAGCAUAACCUUACAAAUUACCGAUAUCAAUGGAACAGCUCUUCCAUCCACCGCAAUUCCAGAUCCAAUUGUGAUAUUCACUCCAGGAAAAAAGGAAUCAGACGUUGUCUUUGACGAAUUAUAUCGUUCCAGACGAGACGUUUCUUCAUUGACCCAUGCAGAUAUGAAUACACUGAGGAAGGCUUUACAAGCUUACGAAGACGAUAAAAGUCCCAAUGGAUAUCAGCAAGUAGCUGCUUUCCACGGUUCCACACAAUGGUGUCCUAGCCCUGAUGCUGCAGUCAAAUAUGCUUGCUGUCACCACGGAAUGGCAACAUUCCCUCAUUGGCAUAGAUUGCUGACAAUCAACUUUGAAAACGGUCUGCGAAGAAAUGGUUAUCAAAAUGGUAUUCCUUACUGGGAUUGGACUCGCCCGAUUUCGGAACUGCCUGCUCUGGUAAAAGAAGAAACAUAUCUUGAUGAAAAUGGGGAAGCUCACCCGAAUCCAUUCUUUAGUGGCGUUAUUGAUGAAGCUGGUGCUCAAACCACCCGAGCUCUUAAUCCAGAGCUAUUUGUUCAACCUCCUUUCGGAGAAUUCACUCCCUUGGCAAAUGAAGUUAUGUACGCUUUAGAACAAGAAGACUUUUGUUCGUUCGAAGUACAAUUCGAAAUUGCUCAUAAUCACAUCCAUGCACUUGUUGGAGGUGGAGAACAGUAUUCUAUGUCAUCACUUGAAUACACAGCCUACGAUCCUCUUUUCAUACUUCACCAUUCAAAUGUUGAUAGAGUUUGGGCCAUUUGGCAAGCUCUGCAAAAGUUCCGAGGACAUCGAUACAACAGUGCUAACUGUGCUAUUGAAACUCUACGUAAACCAAUGUCUCCUUUUAGUCUCACCAGUGACAUCAAUGUUGAUUCAAUGACUCGAGAACAUUCAGUUCCUUUUGAUGUGUUUGAUUACAAGAAGAAUUUCCAUUACGAAUAUGAUGUUCUUGAAUUGAAUGGAUUAUCUAUUCCAAAGUUACACAGAGAAAUUAACAGACGUCGUAUGAAGGGUCGCGUUUUCGCUACUUUCAUGCUCGAAGGUAUUAAACAGUCUGCAUUAGUUGAAUACUAUAUCAGGGCUCAUGGUGCUACUGAUCAGGUGAAAGCUGGAGAAUUUUAUGUUCUGGGUAGUGCUAACGAAAUGCCUUGGAAAUUUGACCGAGUUUACAAAGCUGAUAUCACGAAGCAGAUGAAGGAAGCACAUCUACAUUAUAACGACCAAUAUCACAUCGAAUAUCACGUGAAAGACUUGGCUGGAGCUGAAAUAGCCGAUGUUAAUCUUGAACCUGCAAUUGUCUACGAACCAGGUCUUGGUGAUUUCGGCGAGGUGGGUGUAUGGGUUGAACCUGUAACCAGUGCAAACCGAAUUAGAAAGAAUCUCAACAGUCUUACUACCGGCCAUAUCGAAUCACUGAGAAAUGCUUUCAAAGAUAUGACAACUGAUGGUAGAUACGAAGAAAUUGCCGCAUUCCACGGAUUGCCGGCUCAGUGUCCUAACAAAGAUGGUAGUAAAGUAUAUACAUGUUGUAUUCAUGGUAUGCCAACUUUUCCACACUGGCAUAGAUUAUAUGUUGCUCUAGUAGAGAACGAAUUAUUAGCCAGAGGUUCCGGUGUAGCUGUACCUUAUUGGGAUUGGAUACAACCAUUUGAUCAACUUCCAGCUUUGGUCAAUGAAGCCACUUACUACAAUUCAAGAACGCUUCACAUCGAACCAAAUCCAUUCUUUAAAGGAAAGAUUUCUUUCUUAAAUUCAGAAACCAAGCGAGAUCCACAGCCUAAAUUAUUUGGUAACAAAUACCUUUACGAACACACACUUUUCGUCUUGGAACAGACUGACUUCUGUGAGUUUGAAGUCCAGUUUGAAGUACUUCACAAUACUAUCCACUCGUGGCUCGGUGGCCGUGAUCCUCACUCUAUGUCGUCGCUGGAUUUUACAGCUUAUGAUCCAAUCUUCUUCCUUCAUCAUAGUAAUAUUGAUAGGAUAUGGGCAAUUUGGCAAGAAUUACAACGUUACCGAAAGCUACCUUACAAUGAAGCUAAUUGCGCAUUGCCUCUGCUUAAUGUACCUAUGCGACCAUUCAGUAAUACUACUGCAAAUCAUGAUCGGAUUACACUCACUCAUAGCACUCCAAAUGAUGUCUUUGACUAUCAAAAUGUUUUACACUACAAAUAUGACACUUUGUCCUUCUUUGAUCUCACUAUUACCCAGUUGGAACAUCUUAUUGAAGAGAGAAAGGCUCAUGACAGGAUUUUUGCUGGAUUCUUACUUCAUGGUGUCAAAGCUUCGGCUGACGUACACAUAUACAUUUGUGUACCUACUUCUAAGCAUGAAGAAAACUGUGCUCACGAAGCUGGUGUCUUCUCUGUCUUGGGAGGAGAGUCCGAAAUGCCAUGGCAAUUUGACCGUUCCUUCCGAUAUGAAAUAACAGAUCAGCUGAAGUUGUUAGGUCUCAACCAAAACAGCCAUUUCCGUAUUAAAACUGAAGUCAUAGCUGUCAAUGGAUCAUCAAUCCAUGCUAACAUUUUCCCAAAUCCAACUAUUAUUUAUGUUCCAAAACAAGGUCAUUUAGCUGACUUCAAACAUGAAGAAAGCAAUGGAAAUCUUGUACGAAAGAAUGUUGAACGACUCUCUUUGUCUGAGAUGAAUUCAUUGGUACAUGCUCUCAAAAGAAUGCAGAAAGACAAGUCAUCUGACGGUUUUGAAGCAAUCGCAUCAUUCCAUGCUCUGCCUCCUCUUUGCCCAAAUCCGACUGCCAAACAUAGACACGCUUGUUGUCUUCAUGGUAUGGCUACGUUCCCUCACUGGCACAGGCUCUUCGUCGUUCAGUUUGAACAAGCUUUACAUAGACAUGGAGCUACAGUUGGUGUUCCUUAUUGGGAUUGGACCCGUCCUAUUUCAGAGAUUCCUGCUUUCAUAGCCUCUGAGAUGUAUUCUGACCCUUUCACUAAGAUAGAAUCGCAUAACCCAUUUAAUCAUGGUCAUAUUUCUUUCAUCAGUGAAGACACUAUGACUAAACGUGAGGUCAGCGAAUAUUUGUACGAACAUCCUGUAUUGGGAAAACAGACAUGGCUCUUUGAUAACAUCGCUUUAGCUUUGGAACAGACUGAUUAUUGUGAUUUCGAAAUACAAUUAGAGAUUGUUCACAAUGCCAUUCACUCUUGGAUCGGUGGAAAAGAAGAACUUUCCUUGAACCAUUUGCAUUAUGCAGCCUAUGAUCCAUUAUUUUUCCUACAUCAUUCUAAUGUCGAUAGAUUGUGGGUUAUUUGGCAAGAACUGCAGAAGCUGAGAGGUCUCAGUGCCUAUGAAUCUCAUUGUGCUCUUGAGCUUAUGAAAGUCCCAUUGAAACCGUUCUCCUUCGGAGCCCCUUACAAUUUGAAUGCACUCACCACUAAAUUGUCCAAACCUGAAGACAUGUUCAGAUACAAAGACAACUUCCAUUAUGAAUACGACAUCCUAGAUACUAACAGUAUGUCUAUUAAUCAGAUAGAGGCAUAUAUCAGACACCAAAGAGAACACGAUCGUGUUUUUGCUGGUUUUUUGUUGAGUGGAUUUGGUUCAUCAGCAUAUGCAACAUUUGAGAUCUGCGUUGAAGAAGGAGAAUGUCACGAAGGAAGUCACUUUGCUGUGCUUGGAGGCAGUACAGAAAUGCCAUGGGCCUUUGACCGUCUCUAUAAGAUAGAAAUUACUGAUGUUCUUGCUAAUAAUAAUUUAGCUUUCGAUUCACCUUUCACAAUUAAGACGAAAAUAGUUGCUCAAAAUGGAACCGAAUUGCCAGCAGGCAUUCUUCCUGAAGCAACUGUAGUAAGGAUCCCACCAGCCAAGAAAGACAUUGAUGUUGACAUUCCACUAAAUCAUAUCCGACGAAAUGUUGAUUCUUUGGACGAAAGAGAUAUCCAGAAUCUUAUGGCAGCACUUACACGUGUUAAGGAAGACAAAAGUGACCAUGGAUUCCAGACUAUCGCUGGUUAUCAUGGUUCAACGAUGUGUCCUAGUCCAGAUGACCCAAAAUAUGCCUGUUGCCUACAUGGAAUGCCAGUCUUCCCACAUUGGCAUCGUGUUUAUUUGUUACAUUUUGAAGAUUCUAUGCGCCGACAUGGCUCCAGUGUUGCCACUCCUUAUUGGGACUGGACAGAUAAGCUUACGAAACUGCCCAGACUUUUAGGAGAUCCUGACUACUAUGAUGCUUGGACUGAUAACGUAAUCGAGAAUCCUUUCCUUAGAGGCUACAUUGAACAUGAAGACACCUACACAGUCAGAGACAUAAGACCGGAACUAUUUGAAAUCAGUGGAGGAGAGGGAUCUACACUUUACAGACAAGUACUUCUCAUGCUUGAACAAGAAGACUAUUGCGACUUCGAAGUGCAAUUUGAAGUUGUUCAUAACUCUAUUCACUAUCUUGUUGGUGGUCACCAGAAAUAUGCCAUGUCCAGUUUGGUUUAUAGUUCCUUUGAUCCUCUCUUCUACAUUCAUCAUUCAAUGGUUGAUCGUCUCUGGGCUAUUUGGCAAGCUCUCCAGGAACACAGAAAAUUACCUUAUGAUAAAGCUUACUGUGCCCUAGAGCAACUGUCAUUCCCGAUGAAGCCGUUUUCUUGGGAAACCAACCCGAAUCUACAUACACGAGCUGCAGCAACACCACAGCAUCUAUUUAACUACCAUAAACUUGGUUAUAAAUAUGAUAAUCUUGACUUCCAUGGAAUGGAUAUUGAUCAAUUGGAGAAGACUAUUCAUAAACGCCAGAACACAGACAGAGUUUUUGCUUCAUUCUUACUUUUUGGCAUCAAAACUUCAGCUGAUGUCCAUUUGAAACUCUGCAAAGACACAACUUGUGAAGACGCUGGUGUGGUCUUUGUACUUGGUGGCGACAAUGAAAUGCCAUGGCAUUUUGAUAGAACAUACAAGAUGGAUAUUACUCAUGUUAUCCAUAAAAUGCAUAUUCCUCUGGAAGACCUGUACGUUCACGGAAGCACUAUUCACCUUGAAGUUGUAAUUGAAACAGUUGAUGGAAAAGUAUUAGAUUCCAGUUCUUUACCUGCUCCUACAAUGAUAUAUGUCCCAGCUAGAGAUUUCAAGAAAGAGGUACACAAGAUAGCCGCAGAAGGUGCCAUAAUCAGGAAGAAUGUCAAUAGUUUGACUCCAACUGACAUCAAAGACCUAAGAGACGCCUUAGCUAAAGUACAAGCUGACUCUUCUGACAAUGGUUACCAGAAAAUCGCUUCUUAUCACGGAAUACCUCUCAGUUGUCAUUAUCCCAACGGCACAGCUUACGCAUGUUGUCAACAUGGAAUGGUAACUUUCCCUCACUGGCAUAGAUUGUUAGUUAAACAAAUGGAAGACGCUUUAGUUGCUCAUGGUUCUCACAUUGGUAUUCCCUACUGGGACUGGACAACUACUUUCGCUCAUUUACCUGUACUGGUCGCUGAGAAGGAAAACAACCCCUUCCACCAUGCUCAUAUCGAUGUUGCUAAUAAAAAUACAACCAGAGCACCGAGAGCUCAACUUUUUGAUGAUCCAGAAAAAGGAGAUAAAUCAUUCUUCUACCGCCAGAUAGCACUUGCUCUGGAACAAACAGAUUUCUGUGAUUUUGAAGUCCAGUUCGAAAUCGGCCAUAAUGCUAUUCAUUCUUGGGUUGGAGGUAGUACUCCAUAUGGUAUGUCAACCCUUCACUAUACUUCCUAUGAUCCUCUCUUCUACCUUCAUCACUCCAAUACUGACCGUAUUUGGGCUGUAUGGCAAGCAUUGCAGAAGUAUCGAGGAUUGCCUUACAAUUCUGCCAACUGUGAAAUCAAUAAACUUGCUAAGCCACUGAAGCCGUUCAACUUGGAAAGCAAUCAUAACGCUGUUACAAAGGCUCAUUCAACUGGCAAUAAAGCUUUCGAUUACCAUGAACUUGGUUAUGAUUAUGACAAUCUUAAUUUCCAUGGUAUGACCAUUCCUGAAUUGGAAGAACACCUUAAAGAAAUACAACAUGAAGACAGAGUAUUUGCUGGUUUCUUACUUCGUACCAUUGGUCAAUCUGCUGAUGUCAAUUUCGACAUCUGCACCAAAGAUGGUGAUUGUGUGUUUGGAGGUACGUUCUGUAUUCUCGGUGGAGAACAUGAGAUGUUCUGGGCAUUUGACCGUCUUUUUAAAUAUGAUAUCACCUCAAGUUUGAAACAACUGCGUUUAGAUGCUCAUGAUGAUUUCGAAAUAAAGGUUACCCUUAAUGGUAUCGAUGGUGGUAUCUUACCACAUGACUAUCUCUCUCCCCCCACAGUUUUCUUCAUGCCAAAGAAAGAUCAUUAACAUGUUCUUAUCAUGUACUUGAUUAAAUUUGCAUAAUUUUUUCUCGUUCUUGAUGCACUUUGUUCUUUUUAUUCAAUAAAUGAUAUCUCAAGUAUA